UUCAGUGCGCAUGCGUCCCCCUUCCCCUUCCUUUCUGACGAACUGUCGGCCAUGGCUCCGAUUAAAAAGCAGGUGACCAAGGGUGGGAAAAAGAAAAAGCAGGUCCUGAAAUUUACCCUGGACUGCACCCAUCCUGUGGAGGAUGGCAUCAUGGAUGCUGCUAACUUUGAGCAGUUCCUUCAGGAGCGAAUCAAAGUAAAUGGGAAAGCUGGUAACUUGGGUGGUGGCGUGGUCUCCAUUGAAAGGAACAAGAGCAAAAUCACAGUGUCAUCAGAGGUCCCCUUCUCCAAGAGGUAUCUAAAGUAUCUUACUAAGAAGUACCUCAAGAAGAACAACCUGCGUGACUGGCUGCGUGUUGUAGCGAACACCAAGGAAAGUUAUGAACUGCGCUACUUCCAGAUCAACCAGGAUGAGGAGGAGGAAGAUGAAGAUUAAAUCCACUGUUUUGUAGAUCCAAUAAAUUCCCAAAAGAACUCAA